AUGAUUUCGAGGACUCUCUUUCCUGACAGUGGGGGGAAGCUGGCCCAUUGGUGUUGGCUGAAGGCGCUAACGGUGUUGGAUAACCGUUGGAGUUGGGGAACAGCGGCACUUGCCUACCUCUACCGGCAGUUGGACGAAGCUUGUCGCAGAACUGGGAGCAGGACUGGGAGCGGCGGUAUUGGUGGAUGCAUGCUCCUACUUUCCGUAUGGAGCUGGGACCGCCUAUCAGUUGGGCGGCCUAGGGUACUCAACGAGAGGCCAUGGCCUCAUUACCCUCACUUUCCUGAUCGGGAGCCCACUUGGGCAUACCUUUGGGACAAUGUCUCGGAGAUGUCGGGCGAUCCAAAGAUCAUGUACAUGCAGUACACUGCGGAGUUGGACACUCUUACCGCUGAGCAGGUGGAAUGGGAGCCAUAUGGUAGCUACUACCGUAUUGGCGCGUCGAUGACUGACCUCAACCACAAGUGCACGGAGGAGGCGCGGUUCUGGCGUAUGCGCUGCCCACUCAUAUGCAUGUGGCUUGUUGAACACCACCAGCCGCAAAGAGUGAUGAGACAGUUUGGGCUGUAUCAGGAGUGCCCACCAGUGUGGCAAGACACGGACAAGGCGCUUCAUAGGCUUGAUAGGCAGCGGCAGAGGAAGAUCACAAAUUGGCCAGUCCAUCAUAGCGGCCACAUCGCAGCGUUCCAACACUGUUUGCAAGCGGCACGAAAUGCUGGCCCUGAGCAGAUUGUGCCUCACAACUUCGCCGCUUUCAACAACUACCUCGAGUGGUUCCAUGAGAACACGCGUAUCGAGUUAGUUAAGCACGCGUAUCCUGAGGAGAUCUUGGACGACCCCAUCCAGUUCGAUGAGGUUGGGCAAAGCCAGCACGACAGCUUUGCUCGCAGAGGGAGAUCGACUUCUAUUGCUUCCGAGCUGAACUUCGUGCGGAAGGAGAUCGAAAAAACAGCUGAGGAGUGCGAGGUUAUGUGGGAGCAGAGCGGGAGAGAUGACAAGCCUGUCCGACCGUUGCGGUAUUUCAUUAAGAACACUGCACGAAAGAUGCGGCGGUUAGCCAGCUUGCUAGGUUGCCGGGAAGCCGAAAUCGCUACAUCUUCCUCUUCAGAAGAGCGGGAGAUUCCUGAGGACGAGCUAAUUCUGAGUCAAGGCAUACUUCCAAAGCGUACCUCGAAGCAAGCCUCACGGUCAGCUUACCAGUUGAAGCCAAGGGGCAAGGGUCCAAACCGGUACACUCCGGAAGAUUAUGUCAACCGAGGAAAGAAGGUUGUCACUGAGGAGGAUGAGGGGCCGCGGCGGAGAUCAGCUUUGUCGAAGAUGAGGAACGACGAGCCGUUCUCUUCAGAGGAGGAGGAGGAGGAGGAGGAGGAGGAGGAGGAGGAGCAGCAGGAGCAGCAGGAGCAGCAGCAGGAGCAGCCACGGCAGCGGACGAAGAGGAUGGCCGUCCGGAAGCAGCCCGCGAGGACGGCACGUCGAGGACGCUACUAGGAUGUGCC